AUGGCUUCAGGAACAAUACCGACCUCAACAACGGCUGUCAGAACAACAACAACGACCACCAAUAACCCUUCAAAGCUCGUCAAACCCACCAACGCUCAUACCCAAGCUCUGGCAAACUUGCGAGAAUUCCUUGCUGAAAAAACUUGCUAUGAUAUUCUGCCUGAAAGCUACAGGCUGAUCGUCUUUGACAACUCGUUAGGAAUCAAACGUGCAUUAACUGCUUUGAUGACCAAUGGCGUCGUCUCAGCGCCCUUGUACGACUCUUCAUCGUUCAAGUUUUGUGGAAUGUUUACUUUGACCGAUGUCAUUCACUUGAUCCAAUACUUUUACUUGAAGGCCUCACCAGUAUCCUUCAAUAGCGCCCAUUCAUCAUCAUCAUCAGCAACAUCAUCACCAUCGCUCAGGAUCCAACACCCCAUCAAUGACCAACCGCAAAUCCCCCCUACAACCCCAUUAUCCUCCUCCGGAAGCAAGCCUGCCGAAAUAAAUCAAUCGGCAACUAGCAGUCCAGCAGAAGAUCCAUAUGCACUCGCGGCUGCUGAAGUAGAGUCAUUCCCAUUGUCUCGCCUGAGAGAUAUUGAACAAGCUAUCGAGGCUCCUCCACCACCCACAGUCCAUGUCCACCCAGAUGCACCGUUAAUUGAAGCUUGCGAACAACUCAUUCGGACUCAUGCCCGUCGUCUACCACUCAUCGACGUAGACUCAGUGACCGGGAAAGAUUCAAUCUUAUGCGUACUAACUCAGUACAGAGUCCUGAAAUUCAUCGCUAUUAAUGCCCAAUCUGAUGUGAUUCGACUGACUCAGUCGAUAGGAUCACUGGGAAUAGGCUCUUAUGUUUCAUCCUAUCAAUCAGAGCCCAUGAAUCACUUGAGCGACAACGAGCAUCAUCACGACCCAUUCCAUCCCCUCGCAACGGCCACUUUAGAUACCACCGUCUUCGAUGUCGUCCACAUGUUUUCCGAGCGUGGGAUCAGUGCCGUCCCCAUUGUCGAUGCUGAUGGGAGCGUGAUCGAUAUGUAUGAAGCAGUGGAUAUUGUGGACCUUGUUCGCUCGGAUGCUUACCGGUUACUCGAUCUCACGAUCGCAGAGGCUAUAGCUCGUCGUUCGCCAGAGUUUUGCGGGGUUACGGUCUGUUCUGCAGAAGAUUCACUGGCAAAUAUCCUCAAGUACAUUGGAGAAAGACGGGUGCAUCGAUUUGUGAUCGUAGCGGACGAGACGGUGAUCGAGACGGAAGUAACGGGAGAGGAAGGACAGUUAAGGGAUGAAGAUGCGACGCCAUUAGCUGAAGCAAGUCCGCCGAAAUUCGAACCCGAUGAUCAUCAACCGACGACGACCAAGUGCAAAAUCACCAGAAGGAAGAAAGUCAAAGAUCGACUGGUCGGGAUGAUCUCGCUCUCCGAUAUCAUGAAGCAUAUCGUCGGCACCAAGCAGAAAUCGUUGCAAGGUAAAAGCAUCGUCGGCUUGGGCGUCAAUGAGGGCAAGUCGGCCGCCGCGUCCGGCGAGAUCCUUUCCCCUGCUAAACCCGAACUGAUCGAGGAAGUCGACGAGGAAGAUCUGUCCGUCGUCGUCGAUAAUGAGGAGGUCUUCGAUGACGAGGAUGGCCCUACAUGA